AUGGCGGAUAAUUUGCGAAGGGCGAUUCAGGAUCUGAAUUUGGGUAUUGAUGAUGAUCCGGUGCCUCUCUCUGCGGCGGUUUGUAAUGAAGCGCGCCGGGUGAAUCAAUUUUCUUUGAUUGGGAGACCAUCUAUGCAAACGAAGCAAAACGUGAGGGCGCUCCUGACCUCCCUGCCUAAAAUGUGGGGUCUUCCUGGUCUCAUCUCUGGACGUAUCGUUGAUAGGAGGAAGUUCCAGUUUGUCUUUCCAACCGAAGAAAUGCUUCUGUCGGUGAUUAACAGAGGUCCAUGGGCGUUCAAUGAAAGAAUGCUGAUCAUUAGUCGAUGGGUUCCGGGUAUGGAUGACGCUGAUCUCAACUAUAUACCUCUGUGGGUGCAAAUUAGGGGUAUUCCUUUGGAGUAUCUUACCGAACAGGUGAUCCACAACAUUGGUGAUAGAAUGGGGGAAGUCAUGACGGUGGAUUUCAACCCAAGUGUUAACGCUGCGGUGGAAUUUGUUCGUAUUCGACUCAACUGGAACGUAGGCAACCCUCUCAAGUUUCAGAGAAACUUCCAAUUCUCCCCUGGAGUUAAUACUCUGCUGAAGUUCCGUUACGAACGACUCAGGGGUUUUUGUGAUCAGUGUGGGAUGAUUACCCAUGACUCCGGUGAAUGUCCUCCUGCAGCAGUGGUGGAUCAGAUGGAUGCUAACAAUGAGGAAGAAGAUCCUCCAAAUGACCAGGCCGGAGGUGAGGAAAAUGAGGAGGACGCAGCGGUGGCACCAGAUGGUCCUGCUCACGACAUUCCCAUGGAUCAGGUGAAUGAUGGUGAAACGGGUCCUGGUUCUCAUGUUGCAUUGCUGCAGCAAUUUAGCUCUACUGCUCCUAUGGUUAUAACUAGCCAAGGAUAUGAGCAAAACACUGGUGAGGUUCGGAUGAAGCGAAGGAAUGAUUUCGUGGCUGCUCUGCUAGAAGAAGGAAGCUCUAGUCGCCAGAGAGGUAGUGGUACUGAGAUGUGUUUGAGACAAGAGAAUGAAUCAGAUGAGGAGAGUGAUCACAUAAUCCUGGCGAUGGAAGCUCGUAGAUCCUCUGAGUUUGGUUUCAGCCAGUAUGGAUCGUUCCUUCAGGAGGACUUCGAUCAUGAGAUGGAUCAUAUCCAUGCCGCGAUGCAGCAUGCGGAUGAUCAGGGUGUUUCAAAGGAGAUAUCUUCUCUGGGUAAACGUCCAAGGAUGGAGUCUGAGAUGGUUGAUAAGUUUCCUGUUGGAAGGAUGAAGAUGUCUCAUGAGUUCAAUGCUCUGCGAAAGCUUCAGGAAGAUUAUGGUCAGGAUCAAGCUCAUGACAACAAUCCACAGAUCGACAGAGGCGCGGUGGGCCCGGUUCCACCAGAUGAACCAUGA